CCCCCGCCCGGGGACUCGAUCCCAAGAUGGCGGCGCCCAGCGAAAGGAGGAGCAUCGGUGGCGGGGUCUCGAGCUUGUGGGCCGCGCUUCUCCUGGCAGCCCUGGCGCUGAGGCCCACGGAGGCGGUGUCCGAGCCCAUGACGGUGGCGUUUGACGUGCGGCCCGGCGGCGUCGUGCACUCCUUCUCCCAGAACGUGGGCCCCGGGGACAAAUACACUUGUACGUUUACCUAUGCUUCUCAAGGAGGGACCAAUGAGAGGUGGCAGAUGAGUCUGGGGACCAGCGAAGACCACCAGCACUUCACCUGUACUAUCUGGAGGCCCCAGGGCAAGUCCUACCUCUACUUCACACAGUUCAAGGCGGAGGUGCAGGGUGCCGAGAUCGAGUAUGGCAUGGCUUACUCUAAAGCUGCUUUUGAGAGAGAGAGUGAUGUGCCCCUGAAAAGUGAGGAAUUCGAAGUGACCAAAACAGCAGUGGGCCACAGGCCCGGGGCAUUCAAGGCUGAGCUAUCCAAGCUGGUGAUCGUGGCCAAGGCAGCGCACAGUGAGCUGUGACCAGGAGCCCCGAUCAGGGUGGCAUCACCUCAUUUUUGCUGAAGGAGCCAGGACCUGAGAGGAUUGGUGUAGUGCUGGUUUUCUAACAUCAGUUAUGCCUUGACUGAUGUCGCCCUGAUCGUAGGGGUUCGAAGCAGCGAAGGCCUUGUAGCAGAGUCCACUGGGCCUGGAGGCCAAGGAUGUGCUGAGCCCCUCUCAUGGCCUGCCCCUACCCUGCUCCUCUGAACAAUGUGGAUUGGGCACAUGGUGGGCUGUGGGGGCACUCAACUUCUCUUAAGCUGGCUUGUGUCUCCCCCAUGGGAUCAAGCCUGGCUCCUGGAUGCUCCCAGGGAGAGGACUCCUACAGACCUCCGACCCCACGCUGACUGUUUUCUCACAGCUUACCCAAGGGACCUCCUUUCAGAUUGACUGAGAAGAAAUGAAAUGUUCUUUUAUAUUUAAAUAAAUAAGACAUUAAAAAACAACCCACAGUCUUGGUGUCUGGCGCCUGCCUGGCUGAGCCGGGGGCCCAGGGAUAGCCGCAGCGGGGCGGGGUGGGAGCCGGCCACCCAUACUUCCCUUCUCUGUUGGAAGCGGGGGAGCUGUUGCCCUGGGCAGGUGGGAGCUUCAGGCAUGACUGCCACGAACCGCCCCUGGAAAGUGGGCUCUGUGUGUCCCUGAGCCGUGGGGACGGAACCGUCCACUCCCAGCAGGUCCUCCACAACCCCCAUAGAUGGGGCGCGUGCUCCAGGGCACACUGUUCUUCUGCAUCCAGGUGCUUGCUUUUGCUUAUUUCUGAAGCUGGAUUCUGCAGUGACUUAAAAACAAGAAAACCCACAGGCAAACCAAAAUAAAUAAAAUCUCCAAAUGUCUCAGCCACUCAGAAGGACCAUGGUCUCCUAGUUACAGGGGCCUGGGAAUCUGAUUUGACCUUCAGGCGGCCCUCCAACCUGUCUUCUCGCCAGCAGACAAGGGGAAACACCCGGGCUCCCAGCUUCAGAGCCCUGAGGUGUGGAGUGCCUGCUAAUCGGAAUCACCAUGCUGGAGCCACAGAGGCCGUUCCAUGCCCUUCACUCCGUGCCCUGCCUCGUGCCAGCUGGAGCUGCUACCUGCCAGCGUGCAUCUUUGCAGAAGAGGUCUCCUUGCAAGAAUGAGGCCGUGGGACACUCAAAGACAGCCUUGCACCCUGGGCCCCAGGGAGGAGAUUCUUAGGCAGUCAGCCUCCAGCCAUGAAGGGUGCAGUGGUGGGGGCAGUGCACAGGACAUGCCAGGGCCUCUGGGCACAGAGGAGCCCCCUGCCCCAUGUGACUGACAUGCAUGCACAUCUUUAUGUAACUUUGUUCAGCGCAAGAACAAAGCCACCUGGCCCUGGGGCUCGUUGGUUGGGAGGAGGAGCUGAACCAAAGCCUGUUGGGGGCAUGCAGAGGCCCGCUCCGCGACCGCACUCAUCUGGCACCCUGGUGCCUGGUGGCGCAGAAAUUGAACCUGUCACCAAGGGCCACGGGUAUAUGACAUUUACAUGCAUCCUUGAUUUAAAAAGCAAAAACCCCAGGAGGGCGAGAGAAAACUGUCAGACAGCGCCAGGCAAUUCGAUGGCCGUUUCCAUAUAAUGCAAAUGGAAGAUGUGCACUUUUAUUUAAAUAGUUCUGUAGUGCUCUUUGGUUGUUUUAAAUUAAAUUUCAAAUUUAUGAAAAGAUCAAGACAGGCUGGACAGCCCAGCAGGGAACAAGCACAAACUGCUCUGCACAUUGACCUAUUCAGUCAGCAGAGGCAAGGGCAAAGGAUUUCAUCUGGGGCUUGUUGCUGUAAUCAAAACGCACAUUUGCUCCUGAAUUUGAAGCUCUGUCUCUUGACUAAAGAUAAGGGGAUGUUUGCCUGUAGAAAGAUGGGCAGAGGUAGCAGCUGGCUUUCGGGUGAAAGCCUUUGGCUUUUUCAGGGAACCAGAAGUCACGCCACAGGAGACCGGCCCUGCACUUGAGGAUGUAAUCUCCCAUCAGCCAAUAUAGCCGUACAGGGAUAUGCAAAAGGGCAUGGUGGGGACUGUAGCAAAGCAGGGGGGCAACUGCUAUGCAGCUUCACAGCAGGCAUCAAGGCUCAGGUGUGUUUUGAGAGACACUCCAAGGAGCGAAUGGUGUGCAAGUUCUUCAUUUUUUAAUGUUGGCAAAUAAUUCCAAAUGUCUCAAACACUAGAUGGGGCCAAGCAAUCCCAUCUUCCCUAAUAUGGCCAACGGGCCUCCUGUGUGCAACCUUUGCCCUAAACAGGCCUGGUUCUGCAAACAUUCUUUUUUUCCCAAAAACAAAAACCAGUCACGGGACAUCAUUUUCUCCUCCUCUAGGGCAUCCAGAAUAACCUUCCCAACCCUGACAGUGGCCAGACCCACAGCAGUGUUUUGCAACCUUUUAAAACCAAUGUCCCCUUUUGACAAUUACAAAUACAUUCAUGGCUGGUUUAACAACAGGUAUGUUCUGAGAGAUGCGUCAUUAGGUGAUCAUUGUUGUGCGUACAUCACAGAGUGUAAUGACACAAGCCCCUCCACACCCAGUCUACAUGGUACAGCCUAUUGGAACCCCCAUGGUGUAUGUGGUCCCACAAUCAGAAUAUGGUUAAUUGGUGCUUGACUAAUUACAAU